UCUCAUCCAAUAAAUCUGCUGCAGGUAGACGUCUGAUGGCGAUUAAAAGAGACAACAAUGAAAACACCAGCUGGUAUAACAGAUGUUAUAACAUUGCAACUUGUUCAAAUGCAGUGGCACUGUUAGAAUUCCUCUGUAGAAUUGGCAAGGUCAACCCAUGAAUUCAUCACUGACUCGGCUAUAAUUCUCAAUCAGUGAUGUAUUUUGGGGAAAGACCCAAAUAUGUACAUGCUGAAAUCCAACUGAAGGACCAAUUUCUCCUGCAUCCAUCAGUAAAGGACUGUGAUCACCAGUCAGCAAAAGGUUUGUGAUAUGUUCAUUAGCCUACAAAACAAGCAGAUGUAUGCUAAUGUGAGGACAUCAGCUGGCGAAGAUAAGAUCCAUUAUAGCGGAACACAAUGCGAAGAAUAUUCCUCUAUCAAUCACCGCUUGAGAAAAAGGACCAUCUCGCAGACAAAGAAAUCCAAAAUCCACACGACAGUCCGUCGCUCCUCCCACCGCUGCUAGGGAUGCGCGCUGGUUGGCCGAUCCAGCGGCAAACUCCACGACAAUUGGCUAGGAGGUUCACCAUCGUCCGAGCUCCGUAGUCUCUGUUGGGAUCCGAGCACAGGCGGACGCUUCCCUGUUCUGGAGCAUUUGGAAAGUGGACACCUAUUCUUGUGGACAAUUUUGAUGAAGUAACAACGGGACGCAUGAAGGAGAGCAGCAUGAAUGUGGACAGCCUUAGCAAGCCAGAGUUGCUGAUGCUCUUGAGCGUCUUGGAGGGAGAGCUGGAGGCCCAGGACCUGGUCAUACACACACUCCGGUCCCAGCACAGAGACGCGUUCGUCCAGGAGCGUUAUGGGCUGUAUGACCUCAGUGACCCCUUCAUGGCGCUGCAGAGGGACAGUGAGGUGGUGGCUGGGGCGGUUACCGACGGCGACGACGGAGGCGGCAUCCCCAACCCACUAGCCGUCCUCAAGCUGCUAUUGGCCCUACAAGCCUGCGCUUGGGACAAGAUGAGGGGCCCAACUGGCAGCUGCCGAGAUCAGACAUGUGCAGGGUAA